UAUGGAAUCCACAGUCGUACGCAGAAUUCAGAAUGUGAUAUUCAAACCUGAGAGAAUUUUCUUGUAUUAUUGAGAACAGUGCGAGAUUUCCAUAAUCCGCAAGGAGAAUUUAACAGUCAAUGGCGUAUGAAAUAGUUCCAUGUGAUUCAACCUUCGGCAUCACAUAACGGCAACGUGGAGUCAAGUUGUGUUUAUAUCUCGGUUAACAAUAAAACAUAUUGUGAAAUUCGUGCUAAUGGAAGCACUUGAAGAAAUAUCACAAUUUUUAGACAUUGGAACUCGGUUGGAUUUAAAAUCCAUCGCUCUGCAGCACGUGCUGAGUGUAACAGGCAGCAAUGAUGGAAUUGAGCUGUUAUUGAGCUUACCAGAAAUAGUAAGACAACUUAUUCUGCUGGUACAGGAUAAUUCAACGUCAGUCUGCAAGGAUGCGGCUCUUUCAUUGAUUAACAUAUCAGCUUAUGAAGCUGGAGCAAAUGCAUUGCUCGUUAUAUCAGAAACUUCGAAGAUGAGACCAGAUGAAAGGCCGAAUGAUAAUUUAGUAUAUACUUGUCUUAGAUGCAUUUUGGAUAAGCAGAACGACUUGGCUGACCCGUGUUGUAUGAUUCUGUCUAAUUUAACGCGAGCGCAUUCUUUGACAGAAAGAAUUCUAGCGGUAGUUGAUAACAGCGGGUAUGCAUGGGGUGCAAUAAUUGCAGCCUUUACGGCUCAAAAAUAUAACGAAAAGGGAGCCACCCUCCAUUACUUAGGUCCUGUUUUCAGCAAUCUUAGCCAAUCUGUUACCAUGCGAAGAUAUUUAUUGGACAGAGAACAUUGCGUCAUUCAAAGACUUCUUCCGUUCACAGAAUAUGUUGAAAGCACGGUAAGACGAGGCGGGAUUGUGGGCACAUUGAAAAACUGUUGUUUUGAUACGGAAUAUCAUACCUGGUUAUUAGGUCCUAAAGUGGACAUUUUGCCCAGACUUUUAUUGCCUCUUGCUGGUCCCGAAGAGUUUGACGACGAUGACAAUGACAAACUUCCGAUAGAACUGCAGUAUUUGCCUGAAAAUAAAACCAGAGAUCCCGAUCCCGACAUCAGAACAAUGCUGUUGGAGGCUUUGGCCCAGCUCUGCGCAACGAGGGAAGGCCGUGAAAUAUUGAGGGAUAAGAAUGUAUACGUUAUCCUGAGAGAAUUUCACAAGUGGGAAAAAGACAGAGCAGUUCUAUUGGCGUGCGAAAACGUUGUGGAUAUAUUGUUAAAAAAAGAGGAAGAGAUCGGAUUGGACAAUUUGAGGGAAGUAAACAUACCCGAGGAGUACGAGGAAAAAUUCAAAAAAAUGGACGAAGAUUAUAUAAACGAUUCAUAGAAGAAAUUUUAUUCUUCCGAGGCGAUCAUUGAGUUAAAACAUGAAUCGUUCUACUUUGUUGUAAUACGUAAAUAUGAAAACCUUAUCACUAAAAUUAUUCUUCUAUGAGUGAAUAGUCAAUUUUAGUGACCUGGGUUUACUCUAAAAUAUUGCACUUCCCCUUAAAUCUUUGAUAACAUAAUAAAUCACUUAAUUCGGUUUAAAAAAAAGUAAAAAGAUCAUCAGAAAUUGACGAAAUUUUAAGCAUAUAAUGUAAUCAAUGACACUGUUAUCCUGAUAUAUUUCAGGUUUUUUUUUUAAACAAAAAUAAACGGUGACAAAGAAA